AUGUCUGUCUUCGAGAUCCCGGAACUUGCACACCUGAUCGCCCCAUACCUUCGCCCACACGACCUAACCCGCUGUGUGCGCGUCAACAAGACCUGGCACGCCAGCUAUAUUCCCAUCCUCUGGCGUUUCAUUCCUCCCACCUCGUCUGAAGAUAUCGAUGAACGAGAUGAUUUGGAGCUAGCUUCCUUGGCUGAAGUUGCUUUGAGGCCGUUGAAGUGCUGGGAGGCCUUUCGCAGGGUUGUGGUUGGGGAUUAUCAGUAUUCGCUUCGGCAUGGGGACGAUGGUGGGGCGGGAGGAGAAGGUAAAUUACCGACGUUAUCGAGGUAUGGUCAUUGGAUCCGGAAACUGAACACUAGUCAAGUCAACAUGUCGAGACUCCCUGCGAAAUUCGCGCAAUACAAUUUCCUCAACAGCAGCAGCAGCAGUAACAGCAGCUCUUCGACACGGUCGCAUAAUGAUCCCUUCGCUAUGUUUGGUCUGGAUCGUCACGGGGGGCCAUUCUCUAUGGACGGGAACGCGUUGUCGCAGGUGAUGGCGAUGGCGAUGACUGAGGUCGAUCCCGAUUUGAUGUCACUUCUUCCAGCAGGACUCUUGGACGACCGAUUAGUUCGACCACGACCCUUUCCAAGGAAUGCCGCCAACAUCAGGACCGCCGCUGCCCCCGAACCGUCCGGCAAAGAGCUUCUACUCCACCUCCUCAAACGAUGCCCCAACCUGCAGUCACUGGAACUUGUCAAUUGGGAUGACUACGACGUCAAGGAAGAUCGGGCGUUCUGGAAAGCGAUCGCGACCGAUGUUGUGCCCCGACUUCAAGAAUUGAAUGUCAACGUUCGUGAUGUCGCCCACCAUACCCAGCCAUCUCCUUACACCGCACCGCUGCUGUUUGCCCACUGCUCGUCAAAGAUGCAGACCUUCAAGUUGCAGUUAAUUGCAUAUCCUUCGUCAGCGUCGUCACCUAUACGCAGGGGGCACCAGAGCAAGGGCAAGAACGUCGAGGUACCCGAUCCCGAGCCAGAGAUGGAUGAUUCACCGUUGACGGGUAUGAGGGAACUGAGCGUCGUGUCAAAGUAUGACACCAUGUAUCCUCCCUCAUGGCUUCGUUUCUUGUCACGAUGUGUGAACCUCGAGCGUCUUGAAGUCACCAAGGUCAUUCCCGCCUGGUACGGAACCCUGCGUGGAUGUGUGAACCUCCGGAGCCUAGCCGUUCAUGACGUCAGCACUGCAUGCAUUCAGUUCAUAGCCGAUGCCCUCAGGAACAGUUUCCUUCACCUUGACGAGAUUGAGAUCAUGCAGGACUAUGGCGACUUGAAAGAAGGCGCUGUGGCGGAUAUGAUUUCGGCUUGCCGGGCAGGGUGGAAAUUGGUCGAUAUUCCUACGCUAGACACCGCUGCUGCCGACGCUUUGGUCAACCAUUGUCCUACUCUAGAGAGAUUGGAGUUCAGGAGAUCGGACAGUCUGACGAGCUUACAGAUGCACCAGAUCCUGUCGACUAGUCCGCGCCUUACGACCUUUGUGACCAUGCACGACAGCUCGCAUGAUCUCGAAAGAGAUUGGUUCGUGUCGGCGGUGACCAAGUUUGCGGUUCAGGACUUUAUUGAUCUCGACCCUAACACCAAGACUCUCAAGCCCUGGGCAUGUGAGUCUACGCUGAAGGUCUUUGCGGCCAAGAUUACCGGGAUCCCACGACCAGAUAUCACCCAGACCUUCCACGGACACCCUCGCCAAGGCGGACUUCAAGAGACCCAUCCGGGCCAGAGUCAAGAACUCCAACGACGAGUCUAUGAGCGUCUCGCAAGAUUCACACACCUGGAAGAACUAGAACUGGGCCAUGACGAUCGCGACUGGGACAACGAAGAUAACUAUAUCAAUGAUGCGGAAGGCGAUCUGGUGUACAACGACGUGGAUUUCCAGUACGAGUGCGUGGAUCUGACGCUCAAGAAUGGUCUGGGCUUGUUGGAGGGGUUGAAGGAGUUGAAGACGAUCAAUUUUAUGCGGAUGGCGACUAGGGUUGGAACGGAAGAGGUCAAGUGGAUGGUGGAGAAUUGGCCAAAGUUGGAGUAUAUCUCGGGAUUAGAUGUGCUGCUUACGGAGGAGAAAGCUGGUGUGUGGUUGGAGAAGAAGCACCCGAAUAUUGCUGUUGUUCCUUAUACUGUUGAUGGUUAG